UUAUUUAUAUUUCAUAUCGAUUAAAUUUGUUGAAAAUUUUAAGAAAUUUCUUAAUCGAAUACAAGAAGGUUAAGUUAGAAUAAAAGGAUAAGGGAGGGGAAGGGAGCAUUACCCAUGUGAUAGCGUAAGCUGAAAGCUCUCUUACACAUUUCAUUCUACUGGCGAGACAACGUGCAGUCACGCUGUGCCGAUUUUCAAUUACUUUUGAAAUUACAAUCUCUAAUCAACGGCUUUUUCUCAUUCACUAGUUAAAGAUGCACAGAUUACCAACUGUAUUGCGUGGUGCAGCACUACGUCAAUUACAAGCUCGUUCAUAUGCCAAAGAUGUACGUUUUGGGGCAGAAGUUAGAGCACUCAUGUUGCAAGGUGUGGAUAUUUUAGCAGAUGCAGUUGCAGUAACAAUGGGUCCAAAAGGACGUAAUGUCAUCUUAGAACAAAGUUGGGGUAGUCCAAAAAUUACUAAAGAUGGUGUCACGGUUGCCAAGGGAGUUGAAUUAAAAGAUAAGUUUCAAAAUAUUGGAGCAAAAUUAGUACAAGAUGUAGCAAAUAACACAAACGAAGAGGCAGGUGAUGGUACGACUACAGCUACAGUUCUAGCAAGAGCGAUUGCUAAAGAAGGAUUUGAAAAAAUUAGUAAAGGUGCUAAUCCUGUAGAAAUAAGAAGAGGUGUAAUGUUGGCAGUUGAUAAGGUCAAGGACGAAUUAAGAACCUUAAGUAAGCCAGUAACAACUCCAGAGGAAAUUGCACAAGUAGCAACUAUCUCAGCCAAUGGGGAUAAGGCAAUUGGUAAUCUUAUUUCGGAUGCUAUGAAAAAAGUUGGAAAAGAAGGUGUAAUCACUGUAAAAGAUGGUAAAACACUACACGACGAACUGGAAGUUAUAGAAGGAAUGAAAUUUGACAGGGGAUAUAUAUCUCCAUACUUCAUAAAUUCUAGUAAAGGAGCAAAAGUUGAAUUCCAAGAUGCACUAUUGCUCUUCAGUGAGAAAAAGAUAUCGUCUGUGCAGUCUAUAAUUCCAGCAUUGGAAUUAGCGAAUUCCCAACGAAAACCGCUUGUUAUUAUAGCAGAAGACAUUGAUGGUGAAGCACUGUCAACGCUUGUGGUCAAUAGAUUGAAAAUCGGUUUGCAGGUGGCUGCAGUUAAGGCCCCUGGUUUUGGAGACAAUAGAAAAGCAACACUUCAAGAUAUGGCGAUUUUGACUGGAGGGAUUGUAUUUGGCGAUGAUGCAAAUCUCGUUAAAUUAGAAAAUGUGCAGUUAUGUGAUUUAGGCGAGGUAGGAGAAGUUGUAAUUACAAAAGAUGAUACACUCAUCCUGAAGGGCAAAGGGAAGAAAGUUGAUAUCGAUCAUAGAGCAGAUGUAAUUAGAGAUCAAAUUGCUAAUACAACAUCUGACUAUGAAAAAGAAAAACUGCAAGAACGUUUAGCAAGGUUAGCAUCUGGAGUUGCAGUUCUAAGAGUUGGUGGAAGUAGCGAAGUUGAAGUUAAUGAGAAAAAGGAUCGUGUUCAUGAUGCUCUUAAUGCUACUAGAGCAGCUGUUGAAGAAGGGAUUGUUCCUGGAGGUGGUACAGCUCUCCUAAGAUGUAUUCCAGCUCUUAAAAAUUUGAAAGCAUCAAAUAACGAUCAAGAAACAGGAAUAAAGAUAGUGGCAAAUGCAUUGCGUAUGCCGUGUUUACAAAUUGCUCAGAAUGCAGGCGUAGACGCUAGUUUAGUAGUAGCGAAAGUUAGUGACAGCAAUCUUGGUUACGAUGCUUUGAAUGAUGAGUAUGUUGAUAUGAUCGAGAAAGGUAUUAUCGACCCAACAAAGGUAGUGCGUACAGCACUUACUGAUGCCGCGGGUGUUGCAUCACUACUUACAACUGCAGAAGCGGUGGUUACUGAAUUGCCGAAAGAAGAACCUCAGAUGCCAAUGGGCGGUGGUGGUAUGGGUGGAAUGGGUGGUAUGGGUGGUAUGGGAGGUAUGGGAAUGUAAUUGAAUAAAAUCCCAUACAAAGACUGAACUUCACAUUGUAAUUCAAUCGCAAUAUCAAUCAAUUUGCUAUAAACUGCUAUUAGAAUUGCAAACAUAUAAAUACAAUUUGCCGAUUGAGUAACCCAGAAACUGAAUAUUUAGGAUACUUUACCAUACUGUAAUGUUUAAAGUAAAUAAGGAGAAAGAAAGUUUUUCAUGUACCGUUGUGAUAUUUGUUCUCGACUCAUUCGUUUUUGUUUUAUAUUUUUAAACAUUAUUGUUCUGCUGAAUAUAUGCCAUAAGAAAAAUUCUUUUUUUAUUGAAAUAACUGCAUAUCCAUAUUAACAGCUUGUUAAUUUUUUGUUAUAAAAAUAUGUAACAAAUGUGCAAACAAAUUAUACUAUUACGUCAAAAAAUAAAAUUUAAUAAGUCAAAGUUAAUAGUUAGUGUCAAUAAAAUUUUAAAAGUUUCAAACCAGUGGUUCACAAGAAUAUAUUUAAGAACUGAAUUAAUAUGUUCAAAUAAUCUUGUCUUUAUAGGAACCUGUUCGUUUAUUUCUGCAUUAAAAUUAUUACAAAAGCGAUUUUGUUCUUUUGCUUAAUUGACAAAAAGUUAUUAAAAGACGGAUAAGUAUUUAUAAAUUAUGAAAUUCAGGAUGCGAGAAAUAUCCUUUGAUGCAUUUUUAUAUGAUUUUUCAUCUAUAUGAAUGAAUAAGUAAUAAUGCAAAUGUACAAACAUGUGUAUUGCGAUAAGUUAAAAAACUUACUUGUUUCAUAUCGUUUUUUAAAUGUUGCAAUUUAUUUUCAUUUUUUAAUCUUAAUAAAUGUAUGUUUGAAAUACGUA